UAGCGCCAACCGAUCGAUGCAACUGUCGUCAAGCUCCUUCGCCCUGCUCACAAAACACGUCAACGCCAACAGCAAGCAACACCCACGACCCAACGCGUGACGACAGCAUAAUGGGCAGACGAAAGACUUUUCUGGACGAGUACGCAUCCGACUCCGACAGCGGCAGCGGCGACGAAGACGAGGUCCUUCUCCCCGGCGCGACCCAGGACGAACAAGAUGAAGCAAAUCAAUUUGCCGGUCGCGGUGGCCACCGACACAAACGGCGACGGACGGGGAAGGAAGCGCGAGAGGCGGUGGCACUCGGAGUGUUUGGCAGUGAGAGUGAGGAUGAGAGGCCCGGAAGGGGCGGCGCGUGGAAAUCGAAGAAUUUAAGAAGUCGUGGAAUGGGCUUCGUUAGUGCUGGGCAGAACGUUGAGGAGGAGGAUGAUGAUGAGGAGAUUGACUAUGAAGAGGAGGCGAGAGUGAAGACUAGUAGCGGGCUGGGGUUUUCGGGGGCAAAAGCUACGGAGGAAGAAGAGGAAGAGGAAGAGGACGAGCGACCGACGUUGGGACUGGGUGCCAGAGGGAAUCAUUUUGUGCCCCCGAGCUUCCAACCGGCGGCGACGCAGGAUGAAGACAUGAUGGAAGAAGACUAUUUCGUACCACAGGACCGACCACGGCUCGGUCUGGGCGGCCGCGCAUUCAGCAAGCAUAACAGAGGUCUCGAUGCCGGUGCGGGAUCUAGCGGCGAAUCGGCGGCGGCUUCGGGAACCUCUACCCCUCGGUCCAUCGACGCGCACUCGGGUCUAGGCUUCCGGCCGGGUGCUUCCACGCCCGAAGCUACCAGUAGCACACUACAGAACCCGGCGCCUUUCGGUAGAGGAUUCGUUUCCUCCUCAGCAGCAGCACGGGCUGCGACUCCUAAGUUCAAUCCAGCAGCGCCAUCUUACGAAGCACCCCCUGUUGUACGCCCUAGCGCGUUUGGCACACCAGAUCCAACCGGACGGAAGAGCAAAGGCAAAGGUCGUGGAAAUGACUCCGAUGGGAUACUCGCUGUGAAUCCUAACAGUUUUGCCGCAAGGAUGAUGGCAAAGAUGGGCUACAAGACGGGGGAAGGUCUCGGAAAGGCCGGUCAGGGUCGACUCGAGCCGGUAGCACCCAAAGUGAGACCUCAGGGUGUUGGUGUCGGUGCGGUCAGGGAAAUGUCAGAGCAGGAGAAGAAAGAGGCUCGGAGGGCAGCUCUUCUGCGAGGAGAGAUCUUGUCGGACAGCGAGGAAGAGAAGAAGAAGGCACGGAGGAAGAAGCAUGCUGGGUCUACCGAAACCACACCCAGCUCGACACCGUUGAGGAUCAGGAAGGAGAAGACGAGGUUUAAGACGGCAGAAGAGAUUUCGGCGAGUGUUGAGGGCUUGGAGAUUCCAUCAUCGCUGAAAAACAUCAUCGAUUUCACCGGCAAAGAGCAGAAGCUUUUGUCGUCGGCUACUGGACUCAUGGUGCAGGCGCCGUCGAUGGACGACGAGAACACGAAACUCGCAAAGAUGGCAAGGAGAGACUUGGAAAGCUUCGCAGGGGAGUGGAAGGGACUACAAGAUCGAAAAGCAUUCAUCGAUAAGGAGGAAUCGCGACUUGGUGCUGAGAUUGAUGCGCAGGUUGCCGAGUUGAAACGGCUGGACGACAUGGUCAACAUUGCGAAGACACUGCAAGCCUUGUCGCUGCAGCGAACAGCCGGGUCCGAGGCUAUAGAGGCACUUGUGGUUCAGCUUGAAAUGCUACAGGUAGAGUUCAAGAACGAGAUUGAAAGUCACGACUUGUCCGACCUAGCUGUUUCCGCGUUGCAUCCAUUGUUCAAAGCAGAGCUAGCAGAUUGGCAACCUCUCAAGGAUCCUUUCAUGUAUCGAGACUAUUUCCGCCGUUUAAGCAGAGUCUUUGCUAUCCGUUCGAGAGAAGAUCUUGAAUACGAGUAUUCCAAGAACGGGUUUAUUGAACGCAGCAAAUACGCAACACCAUACGAGAGCAUGAUUUUGACUCUGUGGCUCCCUAAAGUGCGUGCAGUCAUCAACAACGAGUGGGAUGUCCACAAGCCGGCACCGGUCAUAUCCCUCCUCGAUAUUUGGAGUUCUGUAAUCCCAUCUUACAUACAGUCCAACAUCCUCGGCCAGAUCAUCUUCCCGAAACUCCGCGCUGCCGUGACCGCAUGGAAUCCCCGUCUCCAAAAGAAGAAACGAACACCGCCUCCCCACAUCUGGGUGUUUCAAUGGCUGCCAUAUCUAGGUGGGCACAACAUGGACGAGAUCCUCCGUGAAAUGCGCACCAAAUUUGGCGUGAUCCUCGACACAUGGGAUCUUUCUCGCGGCACAAUCGAAGGUCUUGAAGCGUGGAAGGAAGUCUUCGGCACGGACAAGCUGGAGCAAAUCCUAAUCCGCCACCUCCUACCACGCCUCGCCGUGCGCCUUCGCGCCGACUUCGAAAUAAACCCCGCCGACCAGAUCCUCCAGCCACUCGAAGACGUCUUUAAAUGGUCCGACUUCUUCAAACCUUCCACCCUCGGCCGCCUCAUGGACGCAGAAUUUUUCCCGAAGUGGCUAUCCAUCCUACACCAGUGGCUCACCGCCGACCCGGUCUUUACCGAAGUUCAGCAGUGGUACCUCUUCUGGCAGGAUGUCUUCCCUGCGGACGUCCGCGCUUCUCCCGCUGUCAUUGAAGGCUUCCGGAAAGGACUAGACAUGGUGAACGAUGCUCUUGACCUUGGCGACCGCGCAGCCAAAGAACUGCCCAUGCCCGCCGCCGGUCUUGUCAAGUCCUCCCGCACUACCACCAAGGAAGUCCCGCCACCGCUCAAGCCACAACCCCCAGGCGAGCUGAAGGAAACAACAUUCAGAGACGUGGUCGAGGACUGGUGUGCGGAACACAAUGUUCUGCUCAUUCCACUACGGAAGGCACACGAUGGAAGCGGGAGCCCGCUAUUCAGGAUUACGGCGAGCGCGAGUGGUGCUGGAGGCGUGGUAUGUUACUUCCGUGGCGACGUUGUGUGGUGCCAGGACCGUAAGGACAAGGAGAUGUGGAGGCCGAUGGGGUUGGGAGAAAUUUUGGAACUUGUGGAGGGGGUACACCGUUAGGAUAUGCUGGGGAGGGGGGAAUAUGAUUAAUGAAUGACACGGGAAAUUGCCAGGCG